AUCGUUUGCGCACAUCGACUAAGCACAUGUGCACCCGUGAUGGAUCUGUCGAUGCAUCGCCCACGGGGUUCUGGAGAUAAUCAAUCAAGCCCUCCAAACGUACGGCCUAGUAAGAGGUCCCGCACCGCAACAACCGACACUACGAGUACUGGCCAACACGAUUCCGGCCCAUCGGGAUCGGGUCGGAAGGACCGCCUGAGGACUCGCGCUGCAGUUGCGUGCGCCACCUGUCGCGCACGAAAAACCAAGUGCGAUGGUCGAAGGCCUUUAUGCGGGUACUGUGAGAGGACCAACACCAUCUGCCAAUACGAUGGCGAAGAUCUUACGGCCUUUGACCUGACAUCAUUCAAAGACAUGAGUUCCGAAGUCCUGCAUGCUAUUAAUCAAUUGACACAACUGAUCAAGGAAGAGUCACGCUUUCGUCAGCCUGAUACAGUCUCUCCGGGUUCCGGCGAAUCGUUCGUGACUUUCCCUCUCGGCGAAGGUUCUAACAGUGCUCUAGCAGUGGAUCACAACAGUGAUCAGACAACCAACCUUCCCACUGAUCUUCACACCACUCCCAAUCGUCAUGGUCUACAUGACCCCCAGCUUCCAACUUUCUCACAAGGCCUCAACUCUGUGUUGGAAUGGCAUGUGUUUCCUGCUGGGAUCGAGCCUAUUCGAGUAGAUGAGAGGACACCUCCUCCAACACCCGAAGAGCUUCCAAAAAUAACAAUCUCAGAACUCACAAGGCUGCAAUUAAAUUAUCGUCAAGUCGUUCAUAUAGUGAACCCGAUGCUUGACAUAAGCACUCUUGACCAAUAUAUCACGCAUAUUUCCGAAAAUGGCUUUGACUGGACAACACGGACUUGUCUGGUCGCACUUGUCUGUGCCAUUGGUGCCUUGUGUCAAGACGUCGAUGUCUUCUCGCCAGGCAAUCCCCCUGAUCCAAAGUCUAAUGACACCGAUGUUGCAUACCGAUUCUGGAGCAUUGCAUCUAAAAGGCUGGGGCGAGCAAUGAGCUAUAACACCUUGGAAUCUGCACAAUGCUUGUGCUUAGCAGGGAUCUGGUUUAUGUGCAAUCUGCAGCCUUUGAAUGCUUGGAAACACUUCACCAUGGCUGGAAAUUGCUGGUAUUCUGCCAUACAGGCCAGGUCAAAGUCAACGUUACACCCAGAAGUCCCGGAUGUUCCAAGCUUAUCGCAAAACAUCGAACAAAGCGUAUUCUACACUAUAUACAAGUCAGAAUUAGAGAUACGCUACGAGUUGAUGAUGCAUGGCUCUGUUCUAGAGCACAUCGAAGAGCAACUUGUCUUCCCUGCGCCGCCGGCCGUUAAUCAUGCUCAGUUGCAGAGCCCAAAUGAUGAACUCGCAACUUGGUACUUUUAUCUCACUGAUAUCGCCGCCCGUCAUCUUAUCAACCGUAUCGUGAAUACGAGGGUCAAAGUCAACGCGUGUCCGAGCGAGAGUCAAGUAAAAGCUUUAUUUUGUACUCACGAGAUCUUUGAGAUUCAACUGGAGGAAUGGUAUCAGUCCAUUCCGCCAGAAAUUUCGUUCCAGAGGCCAGAUGCAUCCAUUGCAGCUGAUCCCGAUCCAUUAAAACAUAUACUGCGUUCACGCUACAUGUUCAUUCGCGAACUAUUAUGUCGGCCAUUCAUCCAGCUAUGCCUUAACUAUCAUCUCGACUUGCCUCACGAAACGCUCGAUAAGGUCACGGCUAUCGCCACGCUGGGCCUACAGUACUGUUCUUGGAAAUUGCAAGCCUCACAUAAGCCUAAACGAACGGACCAGGGUGUGUGGAUUUGGAUCCGCAACAGCACCACCAGCUCAAUGAUCUUAAUCGGUGCCGCUCGUAGUCGUCAGUUUCCGCUACUGAAUGCUGCCUCACGUUUGUGGUUGCCCGAAGACUGGCAUGAAAACGUAGCGGGUUUUGUAUCACACUUGGAGGCCUAUGCUUGGGAAAAGUGGGAGAGUAUAGCAGAUUGCAUUCGACUCAUCUCGCUUGGAUUAGAAAAUCUUCAACCACAGGUUGCCAUGUCCUAGAUCUCGUGUACUAUAUAUUGUCAAAUGCCAUUCCGCG